AUGCCCAUCCUCAAGAUCACCACCGACUUUCCCCACGCCCAAAUCCCCGCAGACUUUUUGGCCAAAACAAGCGCGCUGGUGGCCAAGUUGACUGGAAAGCCGGAAUCCGUGAGUUUUACUCAUUCUCUGACGUUUUAUGUGUUACAUUUUGCUUAUGCCGUCACGUUUUAGUAUGUCCAAGUUAUUCUCCAACCCGACAGCUUGAUGUCGUUCGGGGGCAAGAACGCUGAAUCCGCGUAUCUGGAAUUCGGUUCGAUUGGAGGCUUUGGAAACAAAACCAACAAGAUGGCAGGUGAACUAACGAAUCUGGUCAACUCGGAAUUGAAGAUCUCUAAAGAUCGGCAAGUUUUUCGUUAAAUUUACGUAUUCUCUAAAAUUGUUAGUAAAUUGAUAUAUUUCAGGUUCUACAUAAAAUUUUCUCCGAUAGAUGCUACUGAGCUCUCGUUCAAUGGACAAACGUUCGCAUAA